UCCCCUAAACCCCAUUAUAUGUGCGAAAAUGGGAUCCGAAGCUAUGGUUCCAGAAUGGGCAUCGGAGCCUUGCAUAAUGGGAAUCGACGAAGCCGGAAGAGGUCCCGUUCUUGGUCCUAUGGUCUAUGGCUGUUUAUACUGUCCUCUCUCCUACAAGAAAACCCUAGCUACUUUGAGUUUCGCCGAUUCUAAGACUCUGAAGGAAGAGAAGAGGGAGGAAUUAUUUGAAGCUUUGAAAGGCAACGAUUCUAUUGGAUGGCACCAAUGAUUGUUCAAACAGAUUUGUUGUAUUUGUAUAGGUUUUAGGGUUAUCAGAAGUUGAAAAUGGUGGAGAA